AUGAAAAAUAAUCUAUUAUUAUUAUUAUUAUUAUUAUUAUUAUUAUUAGUAAUCUUUACACUUGGUAGUAAUGCUGACACAACCAACUCAAACUCAUGGGUAUUGAUUGAAACUUUUAAUGAAGAAGGAUGUGAUUUGGAUAGUUCAAGUAUUGGUGGUACAAUGUUACUAUCAGGUACAUGCAUCACUGGACAACGAGUGUAUUGCAACACUGACAACAAUACUGUUACAGUUGAACAAUAUAAAGAUCCCGGAUGUCGAACCAACAUCACCAACACCACUGAAUACACAUCUGGUGAAUGCAACACAGUCUCUCAAAUCUAUGGUUUCUACAAGACUUACACUUGUUCGACAAGUGAACCAUCAAUACCACCUCGUUCAUUGUCCUUGACUACCUACACGACAUGUGACAGUGCCACCAUGCAAAUACAAGUGUCACAGUGGGCUCCAUGCUACAAGUGUGUGGCUGUCAGAAGAGGUAGCAUCCCCAACAAAAGUAGUAGUGGUGGUUCUGCCUCUGCCUCUUCUGGCCAUGCUUCUUCUGGUUCUAGUUCCUCUGGUUCUGGUUUUAGUUCUGGAUCAUCAGUAUCAGGUUCUGGAUCAGGUUCGGGAUCAGGAUCAGGAUCUAGUUCUGGAUCAUCAGGAAAAGACAAGAUUUCAACUGCCUCGAUUGAUAGCAACCUCGACAGAUACUUUAAAUUCUUGGAUGAAAUUAACUUUGGCAACCCAAGUCUAGUCAAUGAUGAUGAUGAUGUUGUUGAUGACCAAGGAGUAGGAAUCAUGGUAGACUCUGGAACUGCAUAUUCAACUGCAAGUGCAAGUGGUGGAAGUGGUUCAGGAUCGGGUAGUAGUGGUCCAAUCAAUAUUGUUGUCUUUACUUUUCUCCGUUGCGGCCAAAACUACAGUGAAAAUCACAGUUAUCACAAUGGAUACUUCCAAACAGCCGGCGCUGGUAGUGUCAUGUCAACGGGCAAGUAUUCAUCUGGCCAACCAUAUGGCCAGUGGUCUAGUGGUAGUGGUUCAACAGGAGGUUCUGGUUCUGAUGGAUCAGGUUCAUCUUCACAAAAUGGUUGUUCCAUCAAGCCCGCUAGUGUUGGUUUCACAAACAAUUAUCAAGAAUGUGACAGUGGUCAAUGGUUUGCCGUUACUUGUACUCCACCAUAUAGUCAUGCUUAA